AUGGAAUAUGAUGCUACAAGGGUUAGCAAGGAAUUCAAAGAUCGAACUUCACAGCAUGUAGUUAAGUGGAAAAUUCAUGAGGAGCCCUUAGAUUUUCCAAGAUAUGGACAGAACAGUUCUGAUGCAAAGGUGGUCAAUGUAUCUAAAACCCAAAUAACCUUCUGUAAGAAAUGUGGCAAGUAUCAACCUCACAAAGUGACACAGUAUAAGAAGGGCAAGGAUUCCUUGUAUGCCCAGGGAAAGAGGCGCUAUGAUCAGAAGCAGAGUGGCUAUGGUAGGCAGACAAAGCCAAUUUUCCAGAAGAAGGCUAAGACCACAAAGAAGACUGUGCUAAGGCUGGAAUGUGUUGAGUCUAACUGCAGAUCCAAGAGGAUGCUGACCAUUAAGAGAUACAAGCAUUUUAAACUGGGAAGAGAUAAGAAGAGAAAGGGACAAGUGACCCAGUUCUAA